AAGGGCAGAGGUUUCCCUGUGGUCUGCCAGAGUCAUUUUCAAGGUUUCCAGAGGACAAGCGAGACCAGGGCAGUCUGGACAGGUGCUUCCCAACUGCACCAUGAAGCAGCUUUCCUCUGUAAUCUACAUUCUCAUCAGUCUCGUCUUCCUGUCUUCGUUCUUCCUCACAACUUGCUUAGCAGAAAUAUACAACUCAUCUGUUCCUUCUCCUGUGCCAGACUCGGCAUUCAUACCACAGUGCUCUGAUGCAGAUUUCUGCUCUAAGGCUGCCCAGUGCUGUAAGCAUGGAAUGGAUGAAGAUGGUUGGAUCGCAGCAGCUAUUGGUUGGAGUCUCUGGUUUCUCACACUCAUUUUGCUCUGUGUGGGUAAACUCAGAAAGAUAACACCUGAUGACUCCAAGUACACACAAGCAUGAAAUUUGGGACUCCAUAGACAAGGCUAUCAAACUCCACCAGUUUUCUAAAUGAAGAGAAUAGUCUUGAAAUAAGAUUCAGCUUGCUUUUUAAAGGCACACAUAAGAUGGAAAUGUACAAUUUCAGCAAGGAUAAUAGUACUUUCACAUCUAGUUUCAAAGAGUUACUAUUUGGCCCUGAUAGUU